AUGCAGCAAAUGUUAAAUAUUGAGCCAGGUGUAGGUGAGAGCACUGUUGCUCGGGAUGAGGAAGCUCAGUCCUUGUUGAUAUUGCCGGGAAAAAUCAAAGCUCCUGGUAGUGGGGGAAAGAUGAGCAAUUAUAACAAUGCUGUAUUAGAGGAUGCUGGAGUGCUCGCUGAAGGAUUAGUUGGGCUUAGAAUAAAGGCCCGGUGGCCAUUUGAUGAGAUGUUCUAUGAUGGCCUAAUUCAAUCUUACAACCCUCUAACGAAAAAGCGCAAGGACAUGGUAAUUCUUCCUUACAAAGACAGCCUUCUGUUAUUCAAUUGGUAUCUGCAACAAUUUGAUUUGGAUGGCAAUCGGGUCAAUCAAGGGCUUACUGUUUAUGGGAAUAAAGGAAGCACCGAUCAGCAUGCGGAACGGGCUAUGCUCUAUAUGCCAAUGAUCGUGAGUCUAUAA